GUAUAAGAUCAUGUUUGGUUGAGGCAUCCAUUUUAAGAAUUCCAUGUGCUUUAAGAAGGUUGUUUGCCACCAUUUUAAUUUUUUGUGAGCCAACAGAUGUAAGAAGUCUGUGGGACGAGUUUCUUUCAUGUAUGGUGGAUGAUUAUGCAUCAACAAGCACUACAACCUGCAAUGGGUUGACAAAUCGUUUGCUUAGGGAUUUAAAUGACAUCCUCCUACAGCAUGGAAAACAUAUUGCACAAUACAAUUUACCAGCUCUAACCUCGGACAACGACAAUGACAACUUCAUGCCUAGAAUUAUUCAAGAAGAAAUGUCCAUCGAAGUUCCUCAAGAAGACCUGUGUUCUAUAGAAAGAUUGAAUCAUGACCAGUCUGCAGCUUUCAGGUGCAUUAUGAAUACAGUUGAUCGAAGAGAAAGUGGAGUGUUCUUUGUUGAUGGACCAGGAGGAGCAGUUAAGACAUUUCUUUACAGAGGUAUAAUUGCAGACUUAAGAAGUAAAGGGCAUAUUGUCUUGGUAACUGCGUCCUUAGGAAUAGCUGCAACUUUACUACCUGGUGGUCGAACAGCUCAUUCUAGAUUUAAGAUCCCAAUCAAUGCAGAGCCAUCCUCCACGUGCAAUAUAAGUAAACAAUCUGAUCUUGCAAAAUUGAUUAGGCAGAUGGCAGCGAUAAUUUGGGAUGAAGCGCCAAUGGCUAAUAAAGAGACAAUGGAAUCAUUGGACCGCACAUUGGGAUACAUCUUAGAAAACAAUAAUCCAUUUGGAGGGAAGGUGAUGGUUAUGAGAGGGGAUUUUCGCCAAGUACUACCUGUUGUGCCGAAAGGAAGUAAGUCGCAAAUGAUUUCAGCUUCUAUUGUUAAAUCACAUUUGUGGCCAUUCACCAAAAUUCUCCAAUUGCAACAAAAUAUGCGAUCUCUUAAUGAUCGUGAUUUUGGGGAGUAUCUUAUGUGCAUAGGGGAUGGAAUUGAGCCUACCAUAUGUAAAGACUUGGUACAAAUAGAAGCACACAUGGCAAUACCAUGGGAAGGUGAGGCAUCAUUACACAAAUUAAUAAAUGAAACCUUUCCAAAUUUGCAAUCUCAUGGGUGGGAUGCAUCUUAUAUGGUGGAGAGAGCGAUAUUGACACCCAAGAAUCAUGAUGUGCAACAGCUUAAUUAUAUAGUCAUUAACCAAUUUUCGGGAGACGAACGAAUUUUAGCAUCCUUUGAUGAAGUAGAAGGAGAUACACAUAAUUUGUAUCAACAUGAAUAUCUUAACUCGAUCUCCACGGGUAGAUUGCCACCUCAUAUGUUGAAGGUAAAAAAAGGUGCUCCUCUGAUGUUACUAAGAAACAUAGAUCCUAAGGCAGGCUUAUGCAAUGGCACAAGGCUACUGUGUCGAGGAACUUUUCAAAACAUGUUAGACGUGGAAAUCUUAAUAGGCCAUCACUCUGAAAAGAGAUUACCCUUUGUGCUUAUUAGAAAGCAAUUUCCUGUAAGGUUGAGUUUUGCCUUAACGAUAAAUAAAUCACAAGGAAAAACUAUCCCUAAAGUAGGGAUCUAUCUCCCUAAACAUGUGUUCAGCCAUGGUCAAUUAUACGUUGCUCUAUCUCGAAGUGUUUCUCAGUCAACCACAAAAAUCUUAGUCAAAGAAGGAACAGUAGACGGAAAAAGGGGACAUUUCACAAAGAAUGUGGUGUUCAAAGAAAUUUUGUUACCUGCACCUCAGAGAGCUCAUCAGCAUAUUCAAAGAGAUAAGCGAAAGGAACUGGAACCUCUACUUUACCCAACAGAACGUAAGGUAGCAAAACGCAAAGAAGAAAAACGAUUGCAAGAGCACGAUUGA